AUGGCAGUACCUGGAGAAAAGGCGUCCUUUGAGCGUGUACGAGAAAUAUUCGACUUAAAAUCGUACGUCCCAUACAAAAACGUACCCGGCGAUCCAGAUGAUUCGAUACGGCAAGAAUUAUAUGAGUCUCGACUCUAUUAUGUCCAUCAGGAAUAUCUAAAGUAUGGCCAAAGAUGUAAAGAAGGUGAGAAAAAGAAUUUUGAGUAUGCGAAGGAGCAUGGGCUUUUGCGAGAAUGCGAAUGUUGCUUUGCAAACUUCCCAUUGAACAGAAUGGUCAGCUGCAGUGGCGAGCCCCAUCAUCUCUUCUGUAAACAGUGUCCCCGCAAACAAGCGGAGGAAACGAUUGGACAAUCUCGAUACCAGAUAACGUGUUUAUCUUUGGGGGGAGGAUGCUCGGCGCCCUUUUCACUCACAGAGCGCGCGAAAUUCCUAGACAAAGGCCUGGUCACUGCCCUCGAACGUAUUGAACAGGAUGCCGUGCUACGAGCCGCAAACAUCGAAGGACUUGUGCAGUGUCCAUUUUGCUCAUUCGCGGCAAUAUGUGUCCCCGAGAAGGAGAAUAGAGAGUUCCCUUGUCAGAAUCCAGACUGUCUGGUCGUGAGCUGUAGAUUAUGCAGGGCCGAAUCACAUGUGCCGCUGUCGUGCGAGGAAGCUACCCAGAAGGCUGGCUUCUCAGCGCGACAUGAGAUAGAAGAGGCCAUGUCUUCCGCCUUGAUUCGAAAGUGCAACAAGUGCAGCACGCCGUUUAUCAAGAUUCUGGGGUGCAACAAGGUGUCUUGCACACGCUGCGGCAAUAUUCAAUGCGACGUAUGCUCUAAAAAUUGCGAUUAUAACCAUUUCAAGGAAAAUCAACCA